UUUCGCGCGAGUGGUGCGGCGAGCGCGAGAGAGGAUCAACGUAACAUUGGAGCGCGUUACGAGCCACCGGCAGAAGGAGGAGGCGGUAGUGGAGGAGGAAAGAGAGAGGAGCAGGAACACAUAGGAGACAGAGAGAAGAGCGCGUCGGGAAGCGCUAGCACGCGGUGUGGCGAAAAAUGGCGAAGACGUUUCGCGCGGUGACGGUUUCGACUCUGUCAAACAAUGGACAGUCUACGCCGAAGUACAAUAAACCAGUCACGCUCAAUAUCAAUUAUGACCCGCAAGGCCUCAGCGUCGAGUUGGUCUCAGGAGACCUUAGCACUAGAGAAAAGACAUCUCUAUUGGAAUUUCCAGUGACUCCUAGUACAGAAUGUUCUCGUGUGUCAUCUCGAAGUUAUGUUUUUACAUUUGAUACAGAUAGUAUACUAUUUACAUUUGCUAACGAAACAGAUUUUCGUAACUUUCACUCGCACAUAGUAAAACUCAGGAUGGGAAAAGGUGUAUCAGCAUUUAACGAACGAACGGAAGAAUCUUCGGCGAUGCAGUAUUUCCAAUUUUAUGGAUAUCUGUCGCAGCAACAAAACAUGAUGCAGGAUUAUAUUAGAACCAGCACGUACCAGCGAGCAAUUCUUGGAAACUUAUCUGACUUUAAAGAUAAGGUUGUAUUAGAUGUAGGUGCUGGUUCUGGUAUAUUAUCAUUUUUCGCUAUACAAGCUGGAGCAAAAAAAGUAUAUGCCGUGGAAGCAAGCAAUAUGGCAAACCAUGCAGAACUCCUAGUUGCAGCCAAUAAUUUGUCAGAUAAAAUAAUAGUCAUAGCUGGGAAAAUAGAAGAAAUUGACUUAUCUGAACAAGUGGAUUGUAUAGUAAGCGAACCUAUGGGAUAUAUGUUGUACAAUGAAAGAAUGCUUGAAACUUAUUUACAUGCUAAAAAGUGGUUAGUUCCAGGUGGAAGAAUGUUUCCCUCCAGAGGUGAUUUACACAUUGCACCAUUUUCUGAUGAAAAUCUUUAUAUGGAGCAAUUCAAUAAAGCCAACUUUUGGUAUCAAACAUGUUUCCAUGGUGUAGAUCUCUCUGCCAUGAGAAAUAACGCCAUUAAAGAAUAUUUCAGGCAGCCAAUUGUUGAUACUUUUGAUAUUAGAAUAUGUAUGGCGAAAUCAGUGAGACACAUAGUAGACUUCCAAACAGCUGAUGAGACUGAUUUACACAAAAUAGAAAUAGAUGUCGAUUUUCAUAUAUUGGAGAGUGGUACAUGCCACGGUUUAGCUUUUUGGUUCGAUGUAGCGUUUAUCGGAUCGACUCAACAAGUUUGGUUAAGCACGGCUCCUACAGAACCUCUCACACACUGGUAUCAAGUACGGUGUCUUCUGGAAAAUCCUCUGUUUUGUAAAAGUGGACAGUUGCUCUCUGGAAGAGUUAUUCUCAUAGCAAAUAAAAGACAAUCGUACGAUGUAACAAUAGAACUAAAACUUGAAGGAACAAAUAUGGAAAGCAGUAGUAACACUUUAGAUUUGAAAAAUCCUUACUUCCGAUACACGGGCGCAGCGGCGCAACCGCCUCCUGGUUUAAAUAAUACUUCACCUAGCGAGGCCUAUUGGACUACUCUGGACGCGCAGGGCGCUCGGCAAGCGGUGAACAUGGUCAACGGAAUGUCGGUCAAUGGUCUCGGCGAGGUUUCGAUGGACACAACCGUAAAUCCGAAUAAUUUGCUGGCUAUAGGAGGUCAACCAAAUAUUCAUCCUGGUUCCAUCUCGAGCACGGGACGUGUAGGUGGUCGUGUGGGAGGUACGGCUACGAGUACGCAAGCGGCACAGUUGAUAGGUGGCGGAAUAACACCGAACAUGUUUACAUCACCAGCUACUCUUGGUGUUACUUUCCAGCAAUCGCUGGUCCUCGGCAACACUUCUCAUUAUCCAGUGAAUCCCAGUCUGAUGAUCGGCGACUACGUGACUCCUGGGAACGGCAUAUCGCCACAGGCAUAUCGACAAUGAUCUAUAGCGAAGUCGUUUCUCACUGAGUAUUCCCGCAAAGUAAAACAGUUACAAAAUGAUCGUAAUAGCUGUAGCAGUAUUGGAGAUGCCGGCAGUAACAGUAAGCAAAGCCGCAAACUGGUAUUUAGUUCUCCAGCCAGUAAGCUUCGACUCUCGUCCGCUGUGCGAAUUUUAAGUACCGUCGACUUAGCCAAUUUUAAUGCAGAAUUUGGCCAUAGUAACAACGUUGCUUAUUCCAAUAAAAAUAUAGUCACUCCCGGAUUUGCAUUCGAUUGGAAUUCCGUAAGAAACAAGUCACAGUGGGAAGCGCGUUGGAAAAGACUGCGAGCCGUCCUCUCGUAGUUUUCAUUAGUUUUCUCAUACAAUUGGUUUGUUGUCGUUCGGUUGUUCUUCGAAAAAAAAAAAAAAAAAA